AUUUACAUUCUCAUGCAACUUACUUGACAUAUUUUUAGGAGUUGGAUGUACCCACUUCUCCAAAUAACACUCUUAUGCCUUAUUAAUGCCAUAUUAACACAUUAGGUGAUAAUAUUUGGUUCUCAAACUACAUAUUCUGAGCCCCCCUCCUCCCCCUUUCCCUGUUUUUGUAUUUCACAGAGCCAGGUGAAUUCCUUUUUCAUUAGUACUUCUCUCACAAUUAUUUUUCCCCAGAGGCAAAGGAAAGGUUCAGUGAUCAACUUAGGGAACACUGAGCUAAGCAAGCUGACAUAUAUAAAUGGCACCAAGAACACAAGCUGCAGAGACCUUCACAUUCACAGCAACAGAAUGAUGCUGCAUUGCCUAAAUGUAAAAUGCUCCUUUUAUUCCCAGCCAGAAAGGAGAACUAUUUCUUCCCUCCUCCUCUUGGGAGAAUGAAAACAGAUCAGAACCUCAAACCAAUCCUUGCACUGGCUGGAACUCAAAAGGUAGACUUGGGAGGGGUUGAAGGAAGAUAUAAAGGCUGGUGGCUGGAGACACGGAGUGGCACAGAACUGGAGUGACUCAAGGGGAGGAAGAAUCAGAGACAUCAAAACACGAAGAUGAAACUUCUUUUUUGCUCUGGAUUCUUCCUGCUGCUUAUUGUCAGCCAGAAGCAGGCAAUGGCCAAACCAAUUUCCAGCUUGCAGAGUCUGUCCAUGCUGUUAGAUGAGGAGCUGGAGCAUCCCCUGGUCUCAGAAGAGAGGGAUCGUGAGCAAGAUGGCUCAAUCCCAAUAGGUGCCUUUGAGAAGGAAGAUGCUGAGAUCCAGUGGACCCGAAACACCAGAGAUCAGCCUGCAAGCAAUUCCACUGCUGACAGGGCUGCCCAGAGGCUCCUCAGUGACCUCUUAGGCUUACCUCAGAGACACCAAAACAGAAGCAAAAAGGGUCUGUCCAGGAGCUGUUUUGGGGUCAAGUUGGACAGAAUUGGGUCGAUGAGCGGACUGGGGUGCUAACUGCUUACUGUGGUAAGAGAAAGUCUUGGACACAUGGUUUUGUGUAUAACUUGUGUACAUAUGUAGAAGAGCUCAUUUAAUUAACCUUUAAGAAAGGGUGCCUAGAGUAACUUUCAUCCUCCUAUUGAAAACACAGUUAAUUAACUUCACUGGCAGAAUAUAUAAUCAGCAGUAUGCUUAAAACCCAUAGAAACCACAGCUCUGCUUUACCUGCUUUUCACUCCUUUCUCCAAGUCAGAUGUAUGUGCUUCAUGUUGUCACAGACGCCAGAUCAGGGUGGCUUUCACCAAUUCCUUAGGGAUUCUUCUGUCAGUCCAAACUUUGGGGAUGCAGCU